UGUCCCACAGUGCAGCGCUGACCACAAGUCCAAUUGGAAGUUUAAUUAUAUUCAAUUUUAUAGUCCAAUUGGCAACAAGGAUUACCACUUACUACCCCCAACAUGUUCUUCAAGCUGCUCUUCGUCUCCUGCUUGGCUGUGGCGCUGGCCAAGCCACAGCAUCAGCCCGCUGCCCAGUAUCCGGCUGGUGUCAAUCCACAGGACUGCCCCAAUUUCCCGCUCUGUGAUAAUGCGCGCCUGCACAAUCCCCAGUCGCAGUGGCAGCAACCGCAGCCCCAGUGGCAGCCGCAGCCCCAGUGGCAGCCACAGCCCCAGCCCCAAUGGCAGCCACAGCCCCAGUGGCAGCAGCCGCAACCUCAGUGGCAGCCGCAGCCCAGCUGGAACCCUGCACCCGCACCAGCGCCCGCCGGCGGAGACAAAUAUCCAGCUGGCAUCAAUCCGCAGACCUGCCCCAACUAUCCCUACUGCGAUGUGAAUGCCGGCCAUGCCGCAGCGCCUGUGGCCGCACCACCAUUGCCCGGCUGGACGGAGCGCCUCUAUCCCGCUGGCGUGUCUCCACAGCAGUGCCCCAACUUCCCCUACUGCCACUAAGAGCAGCAAACGCAUCUUUUCCCUCUCGACAUACUCUUUUCCACUCUAUAACUGCGCGAUUCUCUCCUCAUUUAGCUUCCUUCUAGUUCUCAACUUUUGAAAUUCUUGUUCUUGUUGGCGUCAAAUAAAAACUGAAAACAAAACAUGUUGGUCACAUAAAAA